CUGGAGAGUGUGGAUGGUCUGGUUCUGAGGUCUGGGGGCCUGCUGGCCCUCGAUGCGAUGGCGAAUCUGAAGUGCCUGAAGAUGCAUGCGUACUCGAAUCGGUACUAUGCCUCCGCAGGGGGCAGCCUAUCCCUUGGGGCUCUGUCGGCCCUGCGGGUGCUGGACAGCCUCUCACUUGUGGAGUGCGAGCUUGGAGGGGAGCUGACCACACUGAGGCGCCAUCCCUCCCUGACUGCCCUGACCAUUGAAGGCUGCAGGGACCUCCAGUUCGACUCUAUCGCCACCCUGACACGGCUGCAGAGCCUCCACCUCAUCGACCUUCACAUAUUCGAUGACAUCCCCAUCGCCAGCCUGCAGUUCCUUUCACACCUCAUAAGUCUCACAAGGCUACAUGUUUGCGACCCUGGCACGUUUUCAGAUCCAAAGACAUUUGGCCCCCUGUUGCCCACAGGCCUCAGGCAGUUAGAUCUGCAUGUGCAAGGUGAAUGUGGGCAGGCAGGAGAAAUGGUGGUGGGUACCAGCCUGCCCUUUCAGAGCCUUGCUCACCUUUCGAAUCUGACAUUUCUGGAUGCCCCAACGAUGGCACCGUUUGUACAAAUUGGAGACCUUUCGUUGGGAUGCUACCCAGGGCUCACCAAGCUUGGGGUGUCAUGCAUGGGCCUGUCAGGACUACAGUUGCGAUCCCUCUCCAGUCUCGCAGCGCUGCAGGCCCUCAGCCUGCAUGAGAUGGCAGAAGUUCGACCUACAGAUGUGAUCGCCCUGGCUGAUGCCUUACCACAGCUCGCCCGGCUUUUGCUCCUCGACUUCCGCAGCAUGACGAGCCAGUGCCUAUCCUGGCUGCAAGACAUCCCAUCUCUGACCACAAUCACUUGCUGCAACUCUGUCAGCGAGGCAAUGUAUCUGUUGGUGAACGGCCCUUUGGAAGAGGGAUUCAGCCCUGUCAAGGACUCGUGUGCCAGCUUUCAUCCCCUGGGUAGCCGUGUUGGGGGCCAGCCCUACUGGCGGCCCUGGGUUCCUCUGCCCAUCUGUAAGGCAUGUGGCAGCGGUCUCACCCUGGUGCUGCAGAUCAACUACGGGACGUCCCCACUUGCAGCCAGGCUUGGAGAUCUGCUGCUGCAGCUGUUCUGGUGUUCAGAGUGCCAAAGCACUCUGGGCACUGUUUCUGCUGUCCUCUACCGAUUGGGAGUUUCCGACAGGGUCGCUGUUGAGGAUUGGGACAGGUGUCUGCCAUUGGGGAUGGCAAUACGUGGCUGGCAGCCAGUUGUCGAAGUGGAUACUGCAGUUCCCUCCCGUGCAUUUCCCCCCAGGCGAUGCUGGAGGAGCCACGGCCUUGUAGAGGCUCUGGAGUGCGAAGAUGCAUCACAGCAAUUGAGCCUCAGUCAUGGCUGGCCCCCCGUGUUGUCUCAUUUGAAGAGCGCAUUGGCCAGCCAGGAAUGGGCCGUCAGGGCAUCCAACUUGAUCCGUAUCUGGAGUAGGUACCCCUUACACACGCAUACAGGGGAAGAUGGUAGGCACUCAAACACGAGGCAGAGUGUAGAUACGGGAACUAGACAAGGUGGUGGUGUGCGGAUAGGGUGCUGCAGGGACCGAAAUCUGGGAAGCUGGCAAGCUGCGGAAUCGGAUGUACUGGGCUCUGUUUGCCCUAAAUGCCGUACACCCAUGCACUACAAGCUGUUUUCUUUGUCCUUUCCAGAUCCCAAGGCCCCUCUCAUUGAUGGUGCCAUUCAACCGCUCAUGCAAACCUUCUGCAGGUUUCACUUAGGGAGCACUGCCGCAUUCGACUUGUACACUUGUCCCUACCACGUGGAGCAUGGGAUCUUUCAGUACAAUAGCAAACCGUCGAUUGACUUGGCUGGGGAUCGCCUGCCUUUAAGAUGGUUGGAAUGA